UGUGAGGGAUCCCUGUCGCUGGUAGCCUGGGUGCAGGCUUUCCCAGCAAGGAAUCCGAGGCGAGAGCACCGGGCCCCUGCCUCGGUCAGGGAGGGACUGAAAUCAGAGAUGGGGAGGCGUUUCCCGCUGGGCUGUCAUCCUUAAGCGUCCGGAGCCGAGGCGGGCAAGGGUUAGAGCAGAAUUAGAGAGGUGGCUGCUACGGUUUGCGAAUUGCACGGGGCGUUGAGGCAUUUGAUGUCCAUACCGGUUAUCUGCCAGACAACGAAGCGAUUUAUGCUACAAUAUCCUGUUUCAGCACUGCCAAGGCUAUGCGAGAACGCGGCCAGGACAGCCUGGCAGGACUCGUGCUGUAUGUAGGACUCUUUGGGCACCCCGGGAUGCUGCACAGGGCCAAGUACAGCCGCUUUCGGAACGAGUCCAUCACGUCUUUGGAUGAAGGCAGUCCUGGAGUCUCUGUCGGGAACAAGGGCUCGCCGCAGCUACCCCACCCUGGUCUGGCACCUCACCUGCCGGCUGAAGAUGCCACCUUGCCGACCCAGGAGAGCCCCACCCCACUGUGCACCUUGAUCCCCCGCAUGGCCAGUAUGAAGCUGGCCAACCCUGCCACUUUAUUGAGUCUGAAAAACUUUUGUCUGGGUACCAAAGAGGUGCCCCGGCUGAAGCUCCAAGAAAGCCAGGAUCCGGAUCCCAGUAGCCCGGCAUCCCCUGAAAGCAGUCUGAAUAAAAUCGGGUCUGCACCUGCAAGGCAGCCGGACCUGUUGGGACACAGGGUGACCUCCUUAAGCCCUGAUGCUUGCCCACUUCCUGGUCCUGGAGAACCAACCCCCAAAAGCAGGCAGGACAGACACUUUCUGCAGCCCCUGUUGGGGAUGGGCAUGAACUUCUGCGUGAGGUACAUGGGCUGUGUUGAAGUGCUGCAGUCAAUGAGGUCACUGGAUUUUGGAAUGAGAACCCAAGUUACAAGGGAAGCAAUAAGUCGCCUGUGUGAAACUGUCCCUGGGACAAAUGGAGCUGCUAAAAAGCGAAAGCCCCCAGUUAAGUUCCUAUCAACAGUUCUUGGCAAAAGUAACCUUCAGUUUUCGGGAAUGAAUAUAAAACUGACCAUCUCAACGUGCAGCCUCACACUGAUGAAUCUUGACAACCAACAGAUUAUUGCAAAUCAUCAUAUGCAAUCAAUUUCAUUUGCUUCUGGAGGGGAUCCUGAUACUACAGACUAUGUUGCCUAUGUAGCUAAAGACCCAGUUAAUCAACGAGCCUGCCACAUAUUAGAAUGCCGCAAUGGAAUGGCCCAAGAUGUCAUAAGUACUAUUGGGCAGGCUUUUGAACUCCGGUUUAAACAGUACUUGAAAAAUCCUUCUUUGAAUACUUCUUGUGAAAGUGAGGAGGUGCAUAUUGAUGGUCUUUCAGAAGAGAGAGAAGAUCAUGAAUACUACAAUGAAAUCCCAGGGAAGCAGCCACCUGCAGGUGGCAUUUCAGAUGUGCGGAUCAAAGUUCAAACUACAGAACAAAUGGCUUAUUGCCCAAUACGCUGUGAAAAGUUAUGCUAUUUACCUGGAAACUCCAAGUGCAGCAGUGUAUAUGAGAACUGUCUGGAACAAAGCAGGGCAAUAGGUAAUGCCCAGGAGAAAGGGGUGCACUGUCAGCGAGAUGCCUCGUUAAUGAAGCACACAUGUCGAAUGGAUCUUUUUGAUGACCCUUGCUACAUCAAUACGCAGGCUCUUCAAAGUACAUUCAGCUCUGCUCAGAAUCAAAACCCAUUUCAGCCACUGGGGAGCUCAUGGCACCAUGGAAAGGCACCAGAAACUGUUCAGCCGGGUGCCACAGCCCAGCCUGCCAGCUCACAUUCUUUGCCAUACAUCAAGCAGCAGCUGUGGAAUGAAGACUGCUACCAUGGCAAGCUGAGCAGGAAGGCAGCUGAGAGCCUUUUGGUAAAGGAUGGGGACUUUUUGGUUCGGGAGAGUGUGACAUCCCCUGGGCAGUAUGUACUGAGUGGACUACAGGGAGGCCAGGCAAAACAUCUUCUCCUGGUGGAUCCUGAAGGCAAGGUGAGGACCAAGGAUCAUGUGUUUGAUAAUGUCGGCCACCUUAUCAGAUACCAUAUGGAUAAUAGUUUGCCAAUCAUCUCUUCUGGAAGUGAAGUAAGCCUUAAACAACCAGUGAGGAAAGAUAGUAAUCCGGGACUUUCGAAUUCCAAGAAAUGACAACACUGAAACAUCAUCACAAUGGUAUUUCAAGAAACUCCAUUUUUUGUUAGUCCACAUUAAAAAUUCAAACUUUGUUCCUAAAAAAAAAAAAAAGCACAAACUGUGAAGUGCAUAUUUCCAAGAACAUCAUGGACAAAGUCUUUUAUAAAACAAAAAACUAACAAUAUAUCUUCAGAAAAUGAAAAUCAGAGAAGAGGAAGAGGAUUGCUUCAUUUAUAAAGAAAUUAUACAUAUGCACGGAUGUCACUUUUUAAGGUCAUAUUGCAUUGACAACAAGCUAAAAGCACAAUUAAAAUAUCACAUGCUAAAGACAACUUGAACUGCUGGGAUAGUGUAUGUGCCUUUUAACUUGAUAAUUUGGGGAAGUUUUCAUAUGGGGCAGAUAGUCCAUUUCAUAUGGACUGAUAGUUCUGGGUGUUUUCAUGUUCUAUAACUACAGAACCAUUUGCCAAAAAUGUUUUUUCUUGCUAAAAAAAAGAAGCAAUUUGCUUGAUAGUUACUGACUUUAUUCCAUUUUUCUGCUUAGUAGCAUCUUUCAUGGCAAUGUUAAAAUAAAUAUGGCAUUGAAUUCAAACUGUGUCUAUGCCAAUGGAGUCAAAUCAAAAGCCCCUGAAACUGUUAGUCUUUUUCAUUGGUCUGUCCCACUUGCUGUUUAAAAGGUUGUAAAGGAUCUAAAUUCUUUGGCCUAAUAUUUCUCAAUCUUUGCUAUUUGGACUGUUUUUAUACAUUAUGCCACAAACUUAAGAGGCCAAAUCUUUCAGUCAUUUUUUUUAUUUUAUCAUUAUUCUCUCACCCUCCUUGCCAAAAAAAUAAAAUGUGAUUUAAAAGAUGGUAACCAGAACUACUGUUCUUCAUAUUCAAUAUUCAAAUUGGUUCCCUUCUUUUUGAAACUACAGAAUUUGAAAAUAUAGGGAAAUUAUCUUUUGACUUACUGCCACUGAAUCAUAGUUUUGUACCUACAUAUGUCCUAGCACCUUUUCUAGAUAUGGUUAGACAAAAUGCAGAAGGGUAAAAACAUUGAAUGAAAUAGUAGAUCAACUGGUAAACUGAUAAUGUAAUUAAGCAUUAUAUAGGGAUAAGUAUUAGGCUGUGACCUUGAGUAAGUUGCUAAACUCAUCUGAAUUCCAAUUUUCUUGUUUAUAAAAUGAGGGAAUUUGAAUAGGAGAGUCUAGUCCUACCAUAGUAUGAGUCUAUAAAAGGCAAGUCUUUCCUUUGUUAAAGGUCAAUAUUGAUAAACAGUCUGUAUGGUCAAGGUUAAAAAUUCAGAGUUUUUUUCCCUUUAGUCUGUGUCUAUAUUCAGGAUAAAUGGCUAACUGAGAUUAACAUUCACAUAGUUCAGACCCCAUGCCUUUUAGUGUAAGACAGUGAAAGUUUAGAAUAAUAUAGGCAACGUAGUACAAAUGGAUUUAGUUUGCUUUCAUUAGCAAAAAUGUACUGCAAUUCUUUACUUGCCUUUGCAUAUAUAGAUAUGGCAGUGUGUGUGUUUAAUCCUGAAUUAUCUCAAUAAUUGCCUUAACUCUGUUUCAUUUUGGCUAAGUAGAUAUAACCUAAUAUUUGUGACUGUGAUACAUUUGGUAAAUUUUCAAUAUGGGAGACUUUUUAAAAUAGAAAUCAUCAGAAACCAAACAUAAUGAACUCUAGUAUUGUUAUGGAAAGACUUAUGAUUUUAUUUCUGUUGCCAUUGAUUUCUUAGGUAGGUUCAUUUCUUUUUCUACAACUAGGAAAUAAUGUAUCUUUCAUUAAUUUUCUGUACAUCUUAGUUCUUGAUCACUUUUCCUUAUAAAGGGCAUCAGUAUGGCUACAGAUAACUGAAAUUUAUGGGUAAUCUAACCACCUUUAUCAGAGACAGGGCAGGGCUGUGGUUGGACUCAAUCUUCUGAGUAGAAUGUUGACUGGGAAGCAAGAAGUUCCUGAUACAAAUGAACACAGAUAGCAGUAAUCGUGUGAGCAGUACAUGUGGGUAAGCAGUAUUUGACUAUAAUGGCAUAGCAAUUAGGCAAGCAAUACUGUAUUUAUAAAUACCACAGGCAUAGUAAAAGAAACACAAUAAAUGUCUGCAUGCUAUUUUAAUCUCACGUUCUUCAUCCAUUUUAUAGUGAAAACCUAUUAUAAAUAUCUGUAAAUGAUUUUUUAAAAAAAUAAAUGACUAUUGCUUUGUGACAACUGACAAUAUAUGCCUGGUGUUUGGGAAUUGGAAAAUUUUACCAUUUGUAGGAUGUAUCAGGGUCCUGCUACAAAGCAGAUGGCUCAGAUUGGGUAAUUUGAGAUGUGGGCAGAAUACAGGGAAACCACAAGGGAAAAUUCAGUGCUCUGGGGCCCAGUGGAAAGGAAAAGAGAGGAAGCAGUUACAGAAUCCAGAGAAUUGUGUGCAAGGGCUGCCUUUGUGAGCUAUGGUCUAUCCUGGAGGAAUGCAACCAGCCCUGAUAUCUCAACAGAGAGAAGGUGAGGGGCAUUUUUAACCUAUUUUCCCCCCUCUCUGAAUUCCAGAUAAGAUCCUCCCCUGGUCUAAGUAAAUUGAAGACAGAACAAGACUUGAUGUAGUCCUCCUGAAGGACUUGAAAGUUAGCCUCCUCAGGCACAGAGGAGGAUGCAAAAGAGUAGAGAGAAAAUCUGAAAGGGUAAAUGGAGCAUAUCCAGCGAAGAAGACUUGGGAAAUAGUCAAACUUCUCAAAACAUCAGAGAAAGUUUCAAUUUGUCAUUAAGGCAAAGCUAAUUUGCACAGAAAUAUGUAUAAAUAUUUGGGUAACUAUAUAUGAAUCACGGCAAAAUGUCAGCUUUUUACUAUUAAUAAAAACUGAAUAAGCUGUA